CCCACGGGAGAGGCGGGAAGAGCGCGGUGCGGCAGCCAAUAGCGCCCGCGAUUGCCCGAGACCCGCCCCCGCGGGGCGGUGCCAGGAGGCCGACGCUUAGCGGCCGCAGGACACGCCCGCGCGCGUUGAGUCUCGCGCGCUCCUGCUCCGUCGCCGCCUGCGCCCGCCUCCGCCCUCUGCCUGCCUCCGCCGCUUGCAUGGGUCCUCCUCCAUUUGGCGCGUCCCGCCUCUCGCCGAUGCCGGCCGUCUCGACCCCUCGCAUGAGGUAACGCGCCCCUGAGCCGAGCUCGGUGCUCCCCCUGGUGGGUGCGGUCCGGCCUUGCCCGCGCCCCUCCGCCGCCGCCUCUUCCUCCUUGGGCGGUGGCGCCCAGCCCAGCCCAGCUCAGCUCGCCGUCGGUCAGCCACCCCGUGGCCCCCGCCAGCCCAGAUGUCCGAGGCGGCGGAAAGUCUCAGUUGCCUCCGCAUAGCCAAUGUCGCCCUGCGAGGAGAAUUAAACGCCCUUCGCGGGGAGAAUGCCAGUCUGGGCCUUCAGCUCGGAAGAGCCCUGGCCGAGGUGAAUUCCUUGCGGAGCAGCGUCUCCAGCUGUGUCCGCCGGCCGGUGCCCGUCCCGGCCGAAGAGAACCUGGAGUUCGCGCAUAGCGAGAUCGACGCGGCCCCCGACGGGGACCUGCCUGUCCUCUGCUGUUCCCCCCCGAGCGCUGAGCCUGAGUGCGCCCCGGAUGAGUUGCUGCUCAGUGCUCCCCAGGACUGCAGCGCCCCGGAGGGGCCCGCUCAGCCUCCCCCGAUGCCCGGCGGCCCACCCCUGCCCCCGUCCCCGCCCCCUGUUAAACAGCAGGUGCAGAUGCUCGAUCGCCCCGAGAUAGAGCCCUUUGCAGGGGACCCAGUCCACCUCGCUGAGUUCCUGAUGCAGCUACAGACCUUCAUAGCUGACCAUGGAGAGCAUUUCCCCGGGGGGGCUGAGCGGGUGGCCUUCCUGAUCUCCUUUCUCAGCGGUAGAGCCAAGGACUGGGCCUCCUUAGUCACCCAGGAGGGAAGCCCCCUGCAUGCCAACUUCCCUUGCUUUCUGGAUGAGCUCCGCAAGGAGUUCCGUGGCCCCAUCCCCCCCUCUGUGGCUAAAAAGGCUGUCCGAAAGCUCAGGCAGGGAGACUGUACCCUCAGCAGUUAUGUAGAUGCUUUUCAGUUCCUGACCCAGUUCUUGUGUUGGGAUGAUUGCCGCCUUCAAACCCAAUUCCUCAGAGGCCUGUCAGAAUCCAUUCACAAAGAACUCGUAUGGUCAAUUGACAUGGCCAACCUGGAGGACCUGAUUGUCAUAUGUGUGGAGAUAGAAAGAAAAGUGCGUGUCCCCACACCAGGGUCACUCCCUCGAGUACACAAGAUAUUCCCCCCUGAUGAGGAGCCCAAUGACCAUGGUAGUGACGAAAAAGAACACUACAGUGAGGAUGUAUAUGAAGGUACUCAAAUAUCUAGGCUUCAUCAGAAGGACCAACCGAGACCUAUAAAAACUAUUCAGCAAGAGAUGAGGGAGGAGGAGGAGGAGGGGGAGAGGAGGAACAGGGAGGAAGAGAUGAGGAAGAAGGAUAAAGGGGAGAUGAUACAGAAAGAGGAGAUUAUAAUUUACCAGGAGGAAGAUGAUGAAGAUGAGGAGGUGGAUGUGGAGAUGCUUAAUAGUGAGGAUGAAGAUAUGGACAACAGUAAGGGAGGAAAUGUAAUUGAGAUUGAGAGCCAGGAAUUAGAACCAGAGGAAGAGUCAGAAGAUGGGACCCAAGAAGAGGACCUAGAAGAGUUUAUUGAGGUGCCACCGAUCUUUGCCAAUGCUUCAUCCCAAACUGCUGACUAUCAAGACAGUUUGCUGAAUGUACCACCUCCCAUAACACAACCUAGUAGACGAAGGAACCAGAAUCGAGUCCCGGCUCUGGAAGACCUUCCAGGUAUCAAUUCACCCUUCUACAGUUCGCCACCACCACUAACUCGUCAUAUAGGUCGCUUAGGCCAACGCCAAGUUCGAAGACGUCCCCCUGUGCUAUUCCGCCUCAGUCCAAGACAGGGGGGCCACCGGGCCACGAGAGGCAGAAUUCGUGUGUGAAUGCUGGGGCAAGAUGGCCUCCUGGAACACACCCUUCUACUGUGUCCCCUACCCCUGCUGUUGCUGCCACACCUGCCCCUUUUACUGACCAGUACUGAAGAUGCAGAGAACUGCAGACCAUCUUGCCUCACUGACUAGGGAGUGACAGUGGCCUAACCAAAGCCGCCUGGGAAAGGAGGGGGUCAGAAAUAGUUGACCCCUUGGCACGUACUCUGUUCAGUCCUAGCCACAAACUAGAAAACUGGUUCCAGAGCCAAUUCCCAUAAAUGGGCUGGUCAUCUUGCUUUGUUUCCUGUGUAGUUGUUCCUUUCCCUCACCUCGUCUGCACUUACUCACUUUGUGUUCUGUGGUUUUGAUCUCUGACUGCAUCACCAAGAUUUUACCUAGUUCUUCACUGAUUUGCCCCAAUUAGGAGUUCAGAAACUCCUAAUGCCACCGAGUCCCCUUGCUAAGUGUAUGUUUUGGAGGACAGAAUGGCAUCAAGUAAUGGCAUCAAGAAAGCUUCUGCUUGCUUCAAGACAUAUCUACAGGCAGGGAGACACUGAAGAGGCCCCUACUUUGAGUGCAGUGAGAGUGUGCAAACCUAGGUCAAGUGUCCCAUUGAGAUUUACCCUUGACUGACUGCCAGCAAGUUCCACCUCCCUGUGGACUACUGUAUCAGGCUCCUUAGACUUGCUUGCCAAAUCUGGGCCCAUUUCUCUUAUCACACUGCCCUCCUAGGCUCCCGUGGUUCAGGCUUUGCCCUUUCUCUGAUGUUGCCUAAAGAUCAACAAGUACGUAGACGAUUAAAAAAAAAAAGAUAGAAAAGCAGAAACAACUCAGUUUGCCACUGUAAAGAGGAUCCUUCCUGAUGGUUGUGUUAACAAAACACCCAGCUAGGCCUGGGACUGCAGGCCUCAGCCAGAGGUCUUUGUAGGAGACUUGCCAUUCUCAGGCUUUUAGGGGAGGCCCCCUUAGCCUGUCCUUCAAGGACUGGCAAAGAAAGCGAGGGUUUUAACUUAGCUAUAAAGGAUCACAGACUUCUGAGAGGAGACAGUAAGUUUCUCUAAACAGAGACUGUACCCAGUGCAGCCUUGGACCCUGGAGCCCUCAUUUCUCACAUGGGCAGCUGAGAUGGGGGACAGGGGUGAGUAGGCCAGGCCUGGCAUUUGGCUUUGAUUAGAUACUGAGGGUGCCCACCUCCUAGUAAUUCCUCCUGGGACUUUUGGGCACAAAUCUAGGUGUCCUCAUAAAGUGACCUACUGAUUGCCAUGUUCCCAGAAAACACUGUGAUGGCAGAGUAAAGCACACAUUAUGUUACUCUGGCUAUAGAUUGCCAGCAAUAUCCACCACUGGCCUGAACUGCCCUGAACAGUGGUGCCUGGCAGUUGGGCAAGUGAAGCCAAAGUGAUUGUGACCAGAGGGAAGAAAACGUAGUAAGUGAAGACCCUUGUUCCUCACUUUCGGAAUCUGACAGAGCACGUCAACCCAGCCUUAGAAUUCUGAGCCUGAAGACAGGAGGAAGGAGAUGAAGAGGAGGCACAGUCCUUCCAGCUAGUUUCUGAGUGUCCUCACUACGUCUUUUCAAAGCUGAGGUCGUCUCCCAAGCUCUUGAUCAGCAGGACUUAAAAUGGCUAUGCCUAUGCAGCUGUGCAUACUGACUGACUUAAGUAUACGUCUCACUUGCUGCACAUUUAAAUUGUUUGCUUUCUUCCAGCCCCACCUCCCACUGCAGGAGAAAACAACCCUGUGAGGAAAAAUCUGUGUUUUAUAGUUAUUUCCUCAUGAGACAGUUCCAGAAGGGGUAACUGCCAUGCUUUGAGCAUGUGGACUCUGAUUGCUGAUGGGGAUGACACACAGACCCCGAUGCUCAAGCUCCUGCAGAUAUGUAAAGAAGUCUCGCACCCCUAUGCCCAGGAACUCCUCAACACAAGCCUGCCAGUUCCCAUGGUGCUUCUCACUCUGAGAACUUGUAGUCUCAGCUAGACAAAGAGCAGAUUGACUAGUGAGCUGUUUUCUGGCCCUCUGGUGGCAAGGGGCCUUGGAUUUCUCUUUGACUUUCUUGUUCCCUUUCCUAGAUCCUCAAUAUUUGUUGUGAUAUAACACCAUGAUAUUUCUGAGAGGAACUUUUAGAUUUGGGUGAUUUCUUGGGUUGAAAUAGGGGUGGGAGGGCGAUAAAUGCAUGUAGGGGUAUGAAGUCAGCCCAAGGAGUCUCAGAGACAUAGGAAGAGAUUGGUUUGUAAUAAAUAAAUAAAUGUUCUUGUGUAUUACUGUGUUGUGAAAAUUGAGAACUUGUUCUGUAUAGUAAAGCUUUCUCCUUAAUAAAUAUCUAAAGGGUGUGUAAA